AACCCCAGCUCCGUUUUUUCUGCAGCUUUUCACCCCUCACCCGCUGCUCUUUGGCAAAUCCUCAGCUGAUUUUCAAACCCUCCCUGGCUGCUGGGGGUUGGUGCAGAAGUUUAAUUAUUUGCUUUUCCUCCGGUGCGUAAGGCGGGGUAGAGGGAGCAGAUUGGGCCCCAUCGCCUGACGCUGCAAAUCUUGCCCACUUUUGUUGUGGAGCCCCUCUCCCACCCCCUUCCUUCCCCAGCUCCCACCCAGCUCCCAGAGCCCACCAUGAAUCUCCAGGCAGUUUCAGGAUACAUUUGCCUGCUUUGCUUUUCCUUCCUAAACACGACAAAAGGGGACUUGCAGCGACUUUCUUUCCAGCCAGGAACCCUGUAUCAGUACCACUAUUCCUUGGACAUCCAGCUGGACCAUAUGUCCCUGCCAUCCCUGCAGGGAGCCUGGCUGCAGGCUGAGGCCUUGGUCCAGCUUCACCAGCUCUGGAAGGAUCAAACUGGGGAAGAAUUGCUCCAGAUGCAGAUCUCUGACCUGAAAGCCCAACAGAAGCCAGAAGAGCAGAAGAGGCAGGAUGGGGCUGGAGGUCCCCCUGCAGAGAUUGUGCUGAGCCAGGAGGCACAGGCAGAGCUCCAGCAGCCAGUGUUCAUCUCCUGGAACAAUGGAAAGGUCAAAGCCUUCUAUGGGAACGAAGCAGAAAGCAUUCUGAUCUCAAAUAUGAAGAGAGGCAUCCUCAGUCUGCUCCAGCUCCAGCUCCACGCUGGCACCACUGUGGAGGAGGAUGUCUCUGGGAGCUGCCAGGUCACGUACACUGUGUCCAACCAGUCCAUCAUAAAGACAAAAGAUCUCCUCAGCUGCACAAAGCCAGAGCCCGGAUUCACCUCUGUAAACAAGAUUUUUGGAGUCGAGUGGCAGCCCACCAGCAGAAGCCAGUACAUAGUGCAAGACAACCUCCUCCAGUCAGUGCUAGCAGAGGAAAGCCACAUGCUGGCUCUAGCCCUAAAGGCCACCACUGGAGUCAAAAUCAGUUCCAGGCAGCAGCUCCAGCUAGUGUCUCCUCUGAUGCCCAGCCUGACAGAGGUGACUGGACAAAGCCUGGAGGAUGCUCUGGCUGGCAUGAAGGGACAACACCAUCCCCUGAGCAUGGCCAGCCUGCCCUUCAGGAGAGUCUGCACCCACUGCCCAUCGCUGAGAGCCUACCUGAAGGCUUUUAACAGCCCAAGAAUCAAAGCAGAUGUCUCAAAGGCAGCAACCACGUGGCAGUUCCAGAGGUUUAUCCAGAUGCUGCGCAGAGCAAAGAAGAGUCAUGUUCUGCAGCUGCUGAGGAAAGCACCCGAGGAGAUAAUUCCCUUUGUUGUGGAAGCAGCGGUGGCUGCACAGUCAGUGGGAUCCUUGGCAGCUCUCUCAGACUUCCUGGAUUUCAGCAAAGAGCCCAAAUUCCUGCUGGAAAAAUUUCUCUAUGCAGCAGCUUUCUCUCCCAGGCCUUCAGGAGAACUUCUCCGCCUGGUGUUAGACAAGCUGGAUGGAAAGCAGCUGGCCCCAGAGAUCUGGGAAACAGGGAUAGUUGCUGUGGGCUCUCUGGUGGGCAAGCUGUGCCAGCAGAAGUUGUGCGAGUUGCAGGAGGUGGUGCAUGGAGUGGAAACCAUCCUUGGAGGGCUAAGGAGUGCCAAGGAGGAGUCUGAGGUAGUCAUUUACCUGCUGGCCCUGGGGAAUGCAGUGCUCCCUGAAACCAUCCCCACCCUCCUGGACCAUGCUGAAGAGGGUCCCCCCACCAUUGCUACUGCAGCCAUCUCUGCCCUGAAACGAUUCUCCACUCAGCACAUCUCCAGCAAGGUGAAACAAGCUAUGAGGAGGAUUUUCCACCAGAAUAGGAAGAGUUACGAGAAAACGUGUCGCCUGGCUGCUGUGGAAAUCCUCCUUGAUAAUGAUCCUUUGCCCAUGGACAUCAUCAACAUCCUGCUGGCCUCCAAUGAGCUGGAGAUGGAAAUGGCAACAUUUCUGCUGCUAAAGAUCCAGACCAGUCUGCGUGUCGACCACCAUCCGGCAAGGAAAAUAAUGAAAGACAUCUUGAGAGACCCACGGAUAAAUAAUUACAACUUCUUCUCAAAAGCUGGCAUCUCCUCCUCUUUCUCAGGACCUCUGACAGUCACCCAGGACCUGACCUCCACUUUUGGGCUGGACUUGCUGUUUUUGGAGGGGGGCUUCCUGAGGAAGAGUGUCUCUGACUUCUCCCUGCUCAGCCAUGGCCGAUGGCUUCACACAGCUCAGGUCACUCUUGAAGCCCAAGGGAUGGAGUCAAUGCUGGGAGAAAAUGUCUUGGAAGGUGAAGAGGAGCCAGAGCUCAUGGCGGGGAUGUCUGCCAUCUUCUUUGAUGUUCAGUUGAGGCCCAUCAUCUUCUUCCAGGGAUAUACAGACUUAAUGGCCAAGGUUCUGUUAAGUAGUGGAGAACCCACAAGCAUGGUCAAAGGGAACCUCCUGCUGAUGGACCAUCACCAGGUCAUCCCUCUACAGUCUGGCCUCCAAGUGGUCAUCAAACUCCAAGGUGGGCUGGGGCUUGACAUUUCAGCCAAUAUGGAUGUGAACAUUUGGGAGCAGGACUUGAAAACCAGCAUCAAUGCAAGGGGAAGCCUCACCAUUGACUUCCAGGCAGAACUAGAUGCUCCUUUCCUCCAAGCCACCGUCAGAAGUCAGAUGGAGAUGGAGACCUCAGUCCAUUUUGACACCAUGCUGAGAUUUUCUGGCAGUCCAGUGCUCAUGUGCCUGCAGCUGAAAGAAGAGCAGAUUCCAUACAGAGAAAUCUUCACAGUUUCCAAGUCUGCUGGGAGCCAGAGCAGCACUGCUCGCAGAGGCAGGAAAGGCAACAUGCCUGCCAGGGAGUUUGUCUUGCACCAAGCCAACUCCAGAGUCUGCAGCCUCCUGCUGACAGUGGGAAAAUAGGGAAACCAGGGAGACUGGACAACUGCCUGCCCCUUGGGAGCUGCCAAGGGCCAUUCCCAACUCCUUCACAACCAUCUUUUGAAGAGAAAAUUUAUUCUUUUUUAAUGCAACCAGAGAGACAUUCAUGCCAGAAUAAUCCUCGGGGAAGGAAGAUAAAAUGAUGCAUAACUUGUUGCAAAUUAUUGUCUGUUCUUUCCGCAUUAAAUCAAAGAUGUCUGCA